ACAAUCCCCUCAAUAUUUACACCGAUGGGAGCUUCUCUAUAGCGUUCUUGAGGAACGACUCUCCCAUUGUCCAACAUACGUUCCCAGAACGGUGUUUAUUAGCAAGCAUUCUUCCGUUCUUGAGAAAGCCGUUCUUUCGUUGUUGCGCACAUCAGCAACAACGAACAACAAACCCCGGGGGUGCACCUCAGCUGGCUUUCUAUUCCUGAAGUGCCGUCAGCAUACGACGACGGCUCGUUGAGCGGUAAAUAGGCAAUGAGUAACUCUGGUUUGGCUUGGCACAUGAUCAGCUUUCAUCCCGGAGCGACAUGGACAAGCCUCAGGGGUCCCCGGAACCCUUCGAUGAUCGUCAGAAACUUUGUACUACAGAAAAAAACACUUCUCCGGGAGAAUACAGCCGGUUUAUUAGUAACUGCUUUCUGGAAGGACCUCGGUAAUUGCAUCCCAUCAAGGAAACGUCCUUUUCUCCAUUAUCAAGUGGUCCUCAGAGGUGCGAGGACGGACGAGGAUCGUAUUCAAACUGAGGCUAUACUCACGGACUUGGGCGAAAACCAGAUAUUUCCGGCGUUGUGUCGCCUUCGGCCCUCGGAUAAAUUAAAACAGAUGCUGAUAUAUUUUCCGAUCGAGGCUCUGUAUAAACGAAAGUUCGCAAGCCCAUCGGAAGAGUUAGCGUUUGCGCUAACACUACUGCCAGAAAACAACCCUGCCCUAAACCUGAUCAAUGAUCGCUUACGUCUUCCAUCUUGAGCUGACUAGCCGGGAUCUGUGAAAUUCGAGUGAGAGCGACUCCAAGAAUCAGGAGUCAUGUCAUCGUCGCUAAUAAAUUUUCUUGGACUUCA